AUGACUGAACGCGAAAUCAAGCUCCGGAAAUUCCUCAAUACCACACUGGCGGGCCAGAAACCGCUGGCACCCUCGCAGAAAGACCUCUUCAUCGAAGCGUUCUGUUCGCAAGCAGACGUGAUCGCCUGCCUGAACCAGGUUCGGAAUAGCAAGCAAGGCUUGCAAGUUAUCCAGAGCGUAAUGCGAUUCGACCUCUCCGAAAACUUCUUCAACUCGGGCGCGGUGAAGGUCCUCACGUAUCUACAAGGCCCAGAUGUCGUGAAUAUCGAUUCCGGGAAAUUCGUCUUCCAAUAUCUGCACGCGAUCAUUGAGCCACCCAUCUUCUGGACGCCCUUUUGCGAGGCAUUCAAAGCGCAGAGACUUGGUGGCGAGGCCCAGAAAUGCUUCGCAUGGGUAUUACUUCAACUCAUCUUGCUCUCCGACAACGACGGUGCAGGCUAUCGCGGUCUCGCCGAAGACCAGCAAAUCAUUGAUACCCUCCUAAAUUCGCCUGACCUCGAACUUCGGACCUACGGUCAGAAGCUGAAGAAUUCGGUAGCGACAGCAGACGUGAAGGGCGACUACCGUCCUGGGGGUCGGCACGACAACGAUUUCGAGGAUUACCGCGAAAUCUCAAUCCUACCCACCGGUGACGAAGUUUUGUCAAGCGAGUUCCCAUUCUUACGCCGCCGCGUCGAUAUAGACGAUCCAGAGACACUAGAGUCGCGCGCAGCGACUUACCUCGAUAACCAAUUUCGCUUGUUGCGCGAAGACAUGUUGGGUGAAAUACGGGAGGAGAUACAGAUUGCGCGAGAACCGAAGAAAGGAAAGCGGCGGGGAUUUUCAGCUGAGGGAUUGCAACUCAUCGAUGUUCAUUGCACACCCGACGUCAACCGUGAUAGAUGGGGCAUCCUGCUACGCCUAAGUGACGAAUUUCCCCAAUUCCGCCAACUAAAUGCGAAACAACGCGUCGACUAUCUGAAGCAUCAAUCGAAGUUCCUGGCUCACCAGAGUCUGACCUGCCUAUUUGGCGACGGGCAUAUCAUCGGUUUCGCAUCGAUUCAACGCGACGAGGGUCUCCUCUCGGGAAGUCCUCCCGUUCUACUGCUUCUUCCUCACGGCUCGAAGACCACGAUAGAGAACCUUUUAACGAAGUUACAAAGCAGCAACGUACUAUCAAUCAUGCAGAUCAAUACUGCCAUCUUCGCCUACGAACCUGUUCUGAAGGCUAUUCAGUCGAUGAAGGUUGUGCCGCUUGAGAAAGAGAUUCUAUUUUGGCACGACGGAUACACCCCGAUUUCGCUGCAAAGCAUGGCAAGGUCUAUCGUCAGUGCAAUCCAGGCGAGCCCGCGAAGUGAUCUACAGAAUAUACUGCACACACCCAAGUCGAUCAAGUUGGACAAGUCGCAGUCUCAAUCCCUCUUGGCUGGAUUAUCGCAGCGCUUAACAUUGAUACAAGGCCCUCCCGGAACCGGGAAGAGUUUUAUUGGCGCUCUGUUAGCGAAGGUUAUUCACGACCAUACCUCUCAAAGCAUACUCGUCGUUUGCUAUACCAAUCACGCCUUGGAUCAAUUCUUGGAGGAUCUACUUGACAUUGGCAUACCCAUCGAGAGUAUGGUUCGUUUAGGCGGCAAGUUCACCUCCCGGACCGAAAAAGCACUCCUACGAAAGCAAACUCUCGACCACAGAUUUGGGAGGACUGCCUACACGUCCAUAGGCGAGCUGAAACAGCAACUCCAAAAUACAGCCACCGAUCUGCAGCGCGCUUUCGAUGAGUACAAGGUAGCCAAAAUCCGUCCGGGCGAUAUCCUCGCCUAUCUUGAAUUCGAAGAGCCCGAUUUCUUUGAAGCUUUCAGCGUGCCCCAGUCAACUAACGGCGAAGUGCUUGUCGGAAAGAAAGGACGCAAGCUUCUCCCUACGUACCUUAUAGAACAAUGGAUGCGAGGGCAAGACGCCGGGGUCUUGAAGGGCCAUAGCCAUAUCAAAUCCUCCGAGGCUAUUUGGACAACACCGAACGUAGCUCGCCAUCAACGGCUAUCCCAGUGGCAAGCCGCCAUUGUACAGGAGAGGGUUUCAGAGGUCGUACGGUACGCGAAGUUGUACAACGACACGCAAGACCAACUAGAAGCUAUAUUCGCGCAGAAGGACAUCGCAAUUCUGAAAAGCAAACGGAUUGUGGGCUGCACAACCACAGCCGCCGCAAAAUAUACACAAGUGUUGCAAUCAGCUGCUCCAGAAGUCUUGUUGGUGGAGGAAGCGGGAGAAAUCCUUGAAAGUCAUGUCUUGACCGCAUUGGGCGGGAGAAAGGAGCAAUUGAUUCUGAUCGGUGAUCACAAGCAGCUCCGCCCAAAGGUCAACAACUAUACGUUAACUGUCGAAAAAGGCGAGGGGUACGAUCUGAACGUGUCAUUAUUCGAAAGGUUGGUCAUUAAGGGAUAUCCUCACGAAACUCUCAACGCGCAACAUCGAAUGAGACCCGAGAUAUCAAGGCUUGUACGUGAACUGACAUACCCGGGGUUGGUCGAUGCACCAAGCACUCAAGGUCGACCAGACACUCGUGGCCUGCGCGACAAUGUCAUAUUCAUCGACCACAGUCAUCCAGAGGACAACAAUUCAGAAAUUGUGGACCGUUUCGCGACGUCCUCGAAACAGAACAGCUACGAAGUGGCUAUCGUUAUUAAGAUCAUACGAUAUCUCGCCCAACAAGGCUACGGCACUGACUCCAUGGUGGUUUUGACUCCGUACUUAGGGCAACUCAACAACCUUUUCAACGAGCUCAAAAGGGACACGGAUCCGAUUCUCAACGAUCUUGACUCGUUUGACCUUGUGCGAGCAGGCCUGGUCACUCAAGCAUCUGCGAAGCUCACGAAGAAGCCCAUAAGGUUAGCCACAAUCGAUAACUACCAGGGCGAAGAAAGUGAUAUCGUCAUCAUUUCGUUGACACGAUCUAACCCCAACAAUGAUAUCGGGUUCAUGUUCUCUCCCGAGCGGUUGAAUGUGUUAUUAUCCCGGGCUCGUAACGGGCUCAUUAUGGUGGGGAAUGCGACAACAUAUACACACUCAAAGAAGGGCGGAGAACUCUGGAGCAAACUGAUCGACCUUCUCAGAAGUGGUGGGCAUCUGUAUGAAGGACUGCCAGUCAAGUGUGAACGGCAUCCGAGCCGAAUCGCAACCCUCGUCAACGCCGAGGAUUUCGACAUGUUAUGCCCAGAUGGUGGUUGUGCAGAACCAUGUGGUAGUAAGCUCAGCUGUGGGCUCCAUACCUGUCCUUCGAAGUGCCAUCAACUCGUCGAUCAUUCCAAAAUGGAAUGCCUACAAAUCAUGAUGACACAAUGUCCUAAUGGCAAGCACACUACUCAAUAUAAAUGCCAUCAAGGAUCGCCCCCGAACUGCCGGAAAUGCGAGCAAGAUGUCAAGCGGCGAGAACAAAAGGCGCAGCAAGAUUUCGACCUCAAGCAGAAGCAGGAAGCGGAGCAGCUUGCACAUGUCAAUAAAAUGGCGGAAAUCCAAGCUGAGAUCGAGCGAGAACGACAGAAACUGAGAGAUGCCCAGCUUGUAAAGGAGCGGGAGGAUGCCAUUCGCCAGAGGAAGAAGGAGCUCGCGGAGACAAUCCAUAUGGCCACUGCGGGAAGUAUUCAGGAAAGUACUUCUGACGAUGACGAUCCAACUGAGGCAAAAAGAUCACACUCUCCUCCUAUCACAAUCCCAGCACUUCCGCCACUCUCUACAAACAAACCUGCGCCAAUGAUGCCGACGCCGACGCCGACGCCAACUCUUCCCCUCAAGGCUACCUCCACACCUAACGAAGUUGGCAAGGCUCAAGAGUCAGCACCAGAGACUGAAUGGAAAAGGCAAAAGUCGCUGGAGGGUGCCGCAAACGAUGCAAUUGACACGCUGAUGGAGAUGACGGGACUAGAAGAGGUCAAAAGCCAACUCCUACGCAUCAAAGACAAGGUCGACAUCGCUCGUCGGCAGAACACCUCAUUGAAGAACGAAAGGUUUCAUGCUGUCUUGCAAGGGAACCCUGGAACCGGUAAAACCACGGUAGCCAGGAUCUACGCUAAGUUCCUGACUUCUGUAGAUGCACUGCCGGGGAACAAAUUCAUCGAGACGACAGGAGCGCGCCUCUCCAACGAUGGAGUCCCGGAGGCAAAGAAGUUACUUGAGGGGUUGAUCAAUGACGGCGGCGGUGCUCUAUUUAUCGACGAAGCAUAUCAAUUGACCUCAGGUCAUAACUUUCAAGGUCGCCAAGUCCUAGACUUUCUGCUCGCCGAAAUGGAGAAUAGUGUCGGCAAAAUCGUGUUCCUUUUCGCUGGAUAUCGCAAGGAGAUGGAGAAGUUCUUCGAGCACAACCCAGGUUUGCCUAGCCGUGUUCCAUACAGCAUGCUGUUCGAGGACUACACCGAUGCCGAACUGCUGGGUAUGUUGGAAAAGAUGAUAAAGAAACACUGGGAAGGGCGGAUGAAGGUGGAAGAUGGAACACAGGGUCUUUUCUGUCGUAUCGCUGUCCGUCGUCUCGGUUGUGGUCGUGGCAAAGAAGGAUUCGGCAACGCACGAGCCCUCGCGAACAUGUUCGACAGGAUUAGGGAACGGCAAGCUGCCCGCGUUCAGAAGGCAAGACGGAGUGGACAACCAAACAGUGAUUUCGAGUUGCUGGGGGUGGAUAUCAUCGGCCCCGACCCAGCUGCGGUCCUUCGCGAAAGUACGGCUUAUACCAAGCUAAAACAGUUGACUGGGCUCAACUCGGUCAAGCAAUCCGUCGACAGUUUGUUCUCGUUAAUCGCGACCAAUUACGAGAGGGAACUUCACGAGAAGAAGCCUGUUGAAGUGUCGCUCAACAGAGUGUUCAUUGGGUCCCCAGGUACUGGGAAAACGACGGUAGCGAAACUUUACGGAGAAAUUUUGGCCAACAUGGGUGUGCUAUCAAACGGCGAAGUUGUUGUCAAGAAUCCCGCAGACUUUGUUGGCAGUGUACUAGGUCAAUCGGAAGCCAACACGAAAGCUAUUUUAGCUAGCACCGUCGGGAAGGUCUUGGUUAUAGACGAGGUAAACUUCUUCAAGCAAGGUGGAACGGCUGAUCCUUACAAAACUGCAGUAAUCGAUACGAUCGUCGCGGAAGUCCAAAGUGUGCCCGGAGAAGAUCGAUGCGUUCUGUUGCUAGGGUACAAAGAACAGAUGGAGGAAAUGUUUCAAAACGUUAAUCCUGGACUGGCGCGUCGUUUUGCGAUAGAGAAUGCAUUCAAGUUUGAGGACUUCACCGACCCUGAGCUGCUUGAGAUCAUGAACCUGAAGCUCAAGCAACAGGAUCUUGCCGCCACGGAUGAUGCGAAGAAGGUCGCUAUCGCGGUGCUCGCCCGAGCUCGCAACAGACCCAACUUUGGAAACGGUGGGGAAGUCGAGAACCUGCUCUCUCAAGCCAAAGCGCGAUAUCAGGCCCGGGCCUCAAAGAACGCUGUCGACAUUGUCUUCGAGCCUCAAGAUUUCGACCCAGACCACGACCGCAAUUCCAGGGCAGCGACCAACCUCCAAGAACUUUUCAAGGACAUCAUUGGCUGCGAGAAUGUCAUCACUCGGCUGGGCGACUACCAGCGCAUCGCUGAAACCAUGAAGGCGAAGAACAUGGAUGCCCGAACGUUGAUCCCGACUUCGUUUGUCUUCAAAGGUCCCCCCGGUACUGGAAAGACCACCGUAGCUCGGAAAAUGGGACAAGUCUACUACGAUAUGGGCUUCCUAUCAUCAACAGAAGUCGUUGAGUGCUCCGCAAGCGACCUAGUAGGCGAGUACGUAGGCCAAACAGGUCCCAAGACGAAGAAGCUGUUUGAGAAAGCUUUGGGACGCGUUCUAUUCAUCGACGAAGCCUAUCGACUUGGCGAAGGUCACUUCGCCCAAGAGGCCAUGGACGAACUCGUCGGCAUCCUGACCCAAGAGCGCUACAUGGGCAAGAUCGUCGUCAUCCUUGCAGGCUACGAUACGGAGAUGGAUCGCCUUCUAGGCGUGAACCCCGGGCUCGCCAGUCGCUUCCCAGACUCUAUCAUCUUUGAAGAUGUGAAACCAGCGCACGCUUUGAAGCUCCUUGCCGCCGACUUGACGAAGAACAGUGUACGCUUGGCGGAGCUCGAGGACACGUCCUCAGAUGGCUACGACUCCCUGACGAAACUGAUCGAAGACUUGUCUAUUCUGCCAUCGUGGGGCAAUGCGAGGGAUAUCAAGACGCUUGCGAAGAAGAUGAUACAAUGGACCUUUGCGAACCAGGAUCCCUCUGCAGCCUCUGCGUCUACUGCGGAGACGAUAUUGCCUCUCGACACGGCCGUUUCGAUCAUCCGCCAAAUGCUGGACGAGCGUCAGAAGCAGGAAGACAACAAGAACUCUAGAAGCAAUAAACACCCGUCGUUCCCCGUGCAGACGAUGAAUGCGGGUCCACCACCGCGACACACUGUCAAGACGGUCCAAAAUACCAAGACGAAGGCGCCACGUCCCCAGAAGAAGGCAGAGACGCCCCCUCCAGGGGUAUCGUCCAGCGAACGCGAUCCCGAUGUCUCAGACGAGGUUUGGGCGCAAGUAGAGCGGGCCAAGGCGGAGCAAUUGCGAGUCGAAAAGGAGGCCAAGGCUGCGAUCCAGAAAGCAGAGAAGGCCCGUGCGGAGGCUAAGAGGAAGGAAGAGAAGUUGAAGCGCCAGAUACAAGAGAUGGAGCAGGCUGAGCGGAACGCCCAAGAAGACGCGGCGAAACGGGAGCUGCAGAAGAAAUUGGAAGAGGAGAGGUUGAAGGCGCUGCGAGCUAGGGAGGAGAGGGUUAGGCAGGAGAAAAUACUGCAGGCGAAGAGGGAGGAGGAGCGGCGGCGGAAGCAGGAAGAACAGAAGGCUCAACAGAAAUUGCGCGCGAUGGGUGUUUGUUCUGCAGGUUAUAGAUGGAUACCGUGUGGCGAUGGUUGGCGUUGCGCUGGUGGAUCGCACUAUGUUAGUCGCGCUGAACUUGGUAUGUGA